CUGCAGCCAUGAAUGUGUUACACUAUAGAGCUGGCUUACCCCCUCGUGGUUAUUUUUAUCUCCUCCCUCACCUUAAAAGGCUGUGACUGCCGCUUGGACGCUCUGGCCGGGGCCAACAUUAUUUUUGUGGUGUGGACCACAGUGCCGUGUGGGUUUGCUGGGAUAUCAAGCUGCAGGAGAGGAUUUUUUUCCCCUUUAAAGGUUGGAGUUUGAGGGAUUUUGUCCAGGAAAAACGAGAGGACACUCGGGGCUCACACUUGGAGCGGCCUGCAGCAUGUCUGGAUCAAUGCCCUUCUACCAGAAGCACCAUCGACACUACGAUCGUAGCUACCGCAGCACGGAGGCAGAGUCCAAAAUGAGACACUACCAGUCCAGCAGCUGGUUGACUGCUGGCAGCAGCACAUCCAGCAGGAGCAGGGGACUUAACGUGUCCUCACACUCGGGCCUGGAAGAGAGCAGACUAAGCCCCUUACCCAAGAAAGCCAAGCCAUCGUACUUGGCGGUGGACAAAGAGAACCAAAUCAUCGGCUAUGUAGUGCCUAUCUUCAGGGGCAGUCAAGAGUUUGCUACAGGAUUAUCAGAUAAAGAGGAAGCCAGGGUGAGGGACACUGCUGCUUACAUGGCUCGCAGGGAUUUGUUUACCAGUGGUCUGGAGAUGGAAAGGUCAGAGGUGAUUUCCAGGAAGGAGGCCAUGCGCGAGUCGGCUGAGCGCAUCUCUCAGAAUAAAAGGAUCUGGAUUCUUCCUGCCAAGGACAGCGCUGUUCUCACCGGGAGGAUCCAUGAGCACGAGGAACACUUCAAGCGCAUGAACAAAGACAGCCUGAUGCACCCCCCAGAGUUUGUGAUCAAACCCCGCUCCCACACUGUUUGGGAGAAGCAGUGUGUGAGGCUGCACUGCACCGUCAGCGGCUGGCCUGACCCCAGUGUUGUUUGGUACAAAAACAAUGUGGCAAUUGAUCCCCUUGCCAGCCCUGGCAAGUAUAAACUUGAGAGCAGAUACAGCGUGCACUCGCUGGAGAUCAGCAAAUGCGACUUUGAUGACACAGCCCAGUAUCGUGUCUCUGCCAUGAACUCUGAAGGAGAGCUGUCUGCAUUUGCCUCUGUUGUUGUCAAACGGUUCAAAGGUGAAGUUGAUGAGACGUUGCCAGUGCCUAGACUUGGUCCAGUUUCUGAGUAUGGCAUCACGUUCCAGAUUCACAUCGUCGAUACGUUUGGAGUGUCAUUUGGAAGAGAGGGGGAGACGAUGAGCCUGGGUUGUACGGUCAUCAUCUAUCCUGCCCUGCAUCGCUACCAGCCAGAAAUCCAGUGGUACCGAGAUGAUGUUCUGCUGACUCCUUCUAAAUGGACCCAUGUGCACUGGAGUGGAGACCGAACCACACUGACCCUCACUCACCUCAACAAGGAGGAUGAGGGGCUCUACACCCUGAGAGUCUCUACAAAGUCUGGAUAUGAAACAUAUUCGGCUUACGUGUUUGUCAGAGAUGCUGAUGCGGAGGUGGAAGGUGCUCCUGGAGCUCCUCUGGAUGUGCGUUGUCUGGAUGCUAACAAGGAUUACAUUAUUGUCUCCUGGAAGCAACCGGCUAUCGAUAGAGGAAGUUCCAUUUUGGGCUACUUUGUGGACAGGUGUGAGGUUGGAACUACCCACUGGGUUCAGUGCAACGACACUCCAGUCAAGUUUGCCCGUUUUCCCGUCACUGGCUUAGUGGAGGGCCGUUCCUAUGUUUUCCGCGUGCGCUCUGUCAACAAGAGCGGCAUCAGCCGUCCGUCCAGAGUCUCAGAGCCAGUGGCUGCCAUGGAUCCAGCUGAUCGGGCCCGCAUGAGAGGUACUUCUGCUCCCUGGACUGGACAAAUCAUUGUCACAGAGGAGGAGCCUGCAGAGGGCGUAGUUCCCAGCAGACCUCUUGAGUUGAAGGUGACUGAAGCAACCAAAAACUAUGUGGUAUUGAGCUGGAAGCCUCCUGGAGAGAAGGGCCUUGAAAGCAUCAUGUACUAUGUGGAAAAGUGUGUUUCUGGUACAGACAGCUGGCAGAGGGUCAACACAGAGAUCCCGGUAAAAUCUCCUCGAUUUGCUCUGUUCGAUCUCGCUGAGGGGAAAUCAUACUACUUCCGUGUUCGCUGCUGCAACUCUGCUGGUGUUGGUGAACCAUCUGAACCAACUGAAGCCAUCACUGUUGGUGACAAGCUUGAUAUCCCAUCUGCCCCAGGAAAAGUUGUUCCAACUAGAAACACAGACACAUCUGUCGUCGUGAGCUGGGAAGCGUCCAGUGAUGCAGUGGAGUUGGUGGGGUACUACAUCGAGGGUAGUGUGGUGGGCAGCAAUGUUUGGGAGCCAUGCAACAACAAGCCUGUAAAGGGAACCAGGUUCAUCUGCCACGGGCUGAUGACAGGAGAGCAGUAUGUGUUCAGGGUGAGAGCCGUGAACGCAGCAGGGCUCAGUGACUUCUCCCAGAUUUCAGAGCCUGUAGAGGUGAAAGCUGCGAUCGCCUCUCCUGCUCCACCCUAUGGCAUCACCAUUCUGGAGUGUGUGCGUGACUCCAUGGUGCUGGCCUGGAAACAGCCGACCUUCAUCGGAGGCGCUGACAUCACAGGCUACUUUGUUGAUUACCGUGAGGUCAUCGAUGGUGUGCCAGGGAAGUGGCAUGAGGCCAACAUCAAGGCCGUCAGCGAGAGGGCCUACAGGGUGUCUGACCUGAAGGAAAACAGGAAGUACCAGUUCCAAGUGCGAGCAGCCAACAUGGCGGGUGUGGGUAUACCAUCAAUGCCCAGUGAUACCUUCCUGUGUGAGGAGUGGACCAUCGCGGUGCCAGGACCACCUCACGAUUUGCAAGUUAGAGAAGUGCGAAAUGACUCCCUGGUGUUGCUAUGGAAACCUCCCGUGUACCAGGGCCGCGAUCCUGUCAAUGGUUUCUACGUUGACAUAAAAGAAGCAAACGCACCAGAGGAAGCCUGGAAGGGAGUCAACACCAAGGCCACAGAGAAGACAUAUAUCAAGGUUCAGAAUCUUAAAGAAGGAGAAAUGUACGUGUUACGUGUGCGUGCUCAGAAUAAAGCGGGUGUUGGGAAAACCUCAGAAGUUACAGAGCCAGUUCCUGCUGUGACCAAACCAGGCACCAAGGAGAUAGUGGUGGAUGUUGAUGAUGACGGUAUCGUCUCCCUGAACUUUGAAUGCGGCAACAUGACCCCUGACUCUAAAUUUGUGUGGUCCAAGAACUACGAGGACAUCCCUGACUCUAAUCGCCUGAAUGUAGAGACCAAGGGAAACAAGUCUAAAGCUGUUUUCAGCUCUCUCGGGGAGGAGGACACAGGUGUUUACUCGUGUCUUGUCACCCACACUGAUGGUGCUUCAUCCAGCUACAGUCUCACCGAUGAAGAGCUAAAGAGGCUGCUGUUGGUCAGUCACGACCACAAAUUCCCCAUUAUUCCCCUGAAGUCAGAUUUGGCUGUGGAGCUGCAGGAGAAGGGCAAAGUUCGCUUUUGGCUGCAGGCGGAGAAGAUUUCAGCAAACGGCAAAGUCGAUUACGUUUUCAACGACAAUGUUCUCACUCAGGGAGAGAAAUACAAGAUGAACUUUGAUAAGAACACUGGUGUGAUUGAGAUGCUCAUAGACUCUCUGACUCCAGCUGAUGAAGGCACGUACACAUUCCAGCUGACGGACGGGAAAGCCACUAACCAGUCCAGCUUGGUGCUGAUCGGUGAUGUUUUCAAGCAGCUGCAGAAAGAAUCAGAGUUCCAGAGGAAAGAGUGGUUCAGGAAACAAGGUCCUCACUUUAUCGAAGGCUUGGGUUAUGAGGUGACACCUGAGUGCUGCGUGAUCCUCAAGUGCAAAGUCGGCAACAUGAAGAAGGAGACGUCAGCUCACUGGUACAAAGACGGACAUGAGAUCAAAGCAGAUGAGCACCUCGGCUUUGCUGAGGGAGUUCUGAAGCUGGAGAUUGCACAAAUUUCCAGGAAGGAUGCUGGUGUGUAUGAAGUUGUUCUAAAGGAUGAUAGAGGAAAGGACACCUCCACACUGAAUCUGACUGAUCAAGGUUUCAAAGACCUGAUGAACGAGGUGUUUGGGUUUAUUGCCAGUUCCUCCACUCCGCUGAAAAUCACAAGCACAGACGAAGGAAUCCGACUCUACACCUUCGUCAGCUACUACAAUGAUUUACUCCAGGUCACGUGGCACUACAAGGAUUCUGCGAUCGCGUUCUCUGACCGCAUUAAGAGCGGCGUGGUCGGAGAGCAGCUGUGGCUUCAGAUCACUAAUCCCACAGAGAAGGACAUGGGAAAAUACGCCAUUGAAUUCAACGACGGAAAGGGUGGCCUCAGGAGAACCGUGGAGCUCUCUGGUCAAGCAUUUGAUGACGCAUUUGCAGAAUUCCAGAGACUCCAAGCUGCAGCUGUUGCAGAGAGAAAUCGUGCUCGAGUAGCAGGAGGUCUGCCAGAUGUGGUCACCAUACAGGAAGGCAAGGCUCUUAACCUCACCUGCAACAUUUCGGGCAACCCAGUGCCCGAGGUGACCUGGCUGAAGAACGACAGGGAGAUCACGUCCGACGAGCACUGCAUCCUGAAGUUCGAAUCGGGCAAGUUCGCCAGCUUCACCAUCACCGCCGUGAACACGUCAGACUCUGGCAAGUACAGCAUCCUGGUGAAGAACAAAUACGGCACAGAGAGCGGAGACUUCACCGUAAGUGUGUUCAUCCCCGAAGACGUGAACAAGAAAAAAUAGGAGCGGUCCAAGUCUUAUCGUAAAUAUCUGUAAAUGACACGUGAACAGAGAAGGGUUAAAGGUGAAAACAUGUGCUCGAGAAAGUGUGACAUGUUUGGUGUAGAGUUACGAGAAAAUGAAGAGGUGCUGAAUCGGAACGUGAAGUUCUGAGAUGAAUCAGUUAUUUGAACACAUUUGGUCCAAAUCUAACCAAGUAAGUCCAAACACAACUGGUGCGAUCUUUGUUUUUGCUAAACUUUAGCAUGCAGAAGUACGUUUUGGCAUUAGAAGAUUAAAUCAGACUUUACCUAAAGAAUGCAAAAGCCAAAGGUGAAUGUUUGUGUGUGUGUGUGUGUGUGUGUGUGUGCUGAAGAAUACAAUGUAGAAUGUUAGAAAUAUGAAUGUUUUUUUACAUUUGCUACUCGUUUUAUGAACUUCACUGCCACCUAAAUUUACAAAAUUUAGAACAAAUCAGAAAAAAUGUUGGUAAUUAUAUCUAUCAUCAUAAAGAUGGAUGUGUGUGUUUAUUUUGCUUUUUAAAAAGCAAAUUUAAGUGAUCCUACUUAUGAAUUCUAUUAGUUUAUAUUUUCAGAGGUUUUUCAAAUCAAAUAAGAAAAAAAUCAUAAUUGAUCACGAAGCAACAAAGUCAGAACUAUCGGGAAUCAACACAAAUGUACUUCUGGAAAUAACGAUAUGUUUUAUUCAGGAAAAUGUCCCAUCCAAUUACAUGGAGGGGGUGGGGCUUUAAACAUAUACUGCAGUCAGCCAGUAGAGGGCCAGUCAUUUUGAUUUGCAUACUUCUUUUCAGAUACUAUAUAUGGUUUUACCACCGCUUUUACUGCAUUGCAUUCUGGGUAAGGUUUCAUGAAUAUACAGCGACCUGCUGCCUGAAAAAUGUGAGGUAGCACCACAAUAACUAAAGCUAAUGCUAAAUAUCUCGUGAGAGCAAAACACUUCUCAGCUAUGUUGUGGGCAUAAUUUAUUCUGCUCUGGGUAACGUGUAAAAAUGACCACUUUUCUAAGAUAAAAUGCAGAUUAAAAUUCUAAAACUUAAGCUUCAAUUCAUCAGAUUUUCAUUCAGGUUAAAGAUCCAUCUUUGGUUUAGGAGUAAAUGAAAUCAGUAGCAAAUGUUUGGAAAUGUGUAUUUUACAUCAGAUUCUGUGUCUGAGUUGUGUUAGUGUUUUCACUGUCACUUUAAAUGUGAUCAUGACAUCACUUUGUCUCACUGUCUCUAGUAAAACUCUACGUCUGCACAUGUUUUCCUCUGUUGCCCCGGCAACCCCAUCACAGUUCAUCAUUAGCAGUUGUAGUCUGUUUUGUGGAACUGAUGCCACUUCAGUGGAGACUGUGAGUCCCGUUUAAUACCAACAAUAGUGAUUACUGUUUCACUUCCUGUUCCACCUGUUUCCUGAUUAGACUAAUAAAAUUAAGCAUGAACUUCCCUA